AAGCUCAAACAAAGCGAAGCUGUGUCUCUGAAUCGCUCACAUGCCCCGGAUAAGUAAAGCUUGACCCUGAAAGUGAGAGGGUGAGAGAGAAAGAGAGAAAGAGAAAGAAGUGGAAUUAUGAUCCUAACAAUGGAAACGGAUUUUGACAAAGAGAAUUUGUUUACGUAUAAAACUCCAAGAUUACUCCAGAGCAGGAGGAGGACUUUAAGUUUUCAGAAAGAGUUUUCAUUUGAAGAUAAAGAAGACUUUUCAAACAGCACUAAAGAUAUUGAUGCCAGCCUUUUAGCAGUGUUACCAAAAGUUUCUGAAUUAAGAAAACUCUUUGAACCAAACAGGCAGGAUAUUUUGGAAAUGAAAAGGAAAGAGAGGAUAGCUAGGCGUUUAGAAGGAAUUGAGAAUGAUGUUCAGCCCGUCCUUUUGCAAAAUUGCCCUGGAUUGGUCACCCAUCGUUUGUUAGAAGAGGAUACACCAAGAUACACGCGUGCGACUGAUCCAUAUAGUCCUCAUUUUGGAAGAUCAAAUGAAAAGGAAUUUUCAGAUCCUCUGUUAGAAAAUCAGCCUAGAUCCAGGCAUCAAGUAGAAUCCACAGCAGGAAAAACAAAACCCUUCUACAAUCCUUUAGUCAUGGAUCCCCAAGGACUUGAGUCCAAAGCUGAGAGGAUAGCUAGGUACAAGGCAGAAAGACGUCGGCAACUGGCUGAAAAAUAUGGCGUCUCCAUAGAUUCCGAUGUGGAUUCAGAAUAUUCAUCCAAAUACACAAGGACAAAGAAAGACCAAGAUGUGUCUGAGAAGAAAGUAUUGAAAGGUGGGAAAAAAGAGGAUGAAGGUAGAGAUCACAGUUUUAAGGUUGAGAAUAAGGAACUGAGGAAUGCUGCUUCUGAGUCAAAGGAGUUUCUUGAGCAUGAUGACAAAGAGAGUUCUCCGGAAAGAGAAAAACUCCAUUUGAAUGAAGGCAGUGAACCAAUAGUCCCUGAAACUGGCUUGCUCAAAUACAAUAUACCCUCUGCAUCAGAGAAUUCCACAGGUUUCUCACUUCUGGGUUAUGACUCUUCCAUAAAUGAAGUACCAAGUUCACCAAAGCAAACUCAGAGUGUUUCUUUUUCCACACCAAAGCCAGGAACAUCACAAAGUCCUUCCCUGAACGACCCCAAAUUAGGGUAAUACAGGGAAAAAAAAUCCGAUUGGUUUCUUCAGAAAGAUUCAGAUGGGGACACAACUUCACUUAUCAACUGGCCCUCCAGAGUAAAAGUUAGAGAGAAACUGGUGAAAGAGCAGAAUUCUCGUGGAAGCCUUGAACUUCUCACAGACACUAUGUCUCAAAGAAAAAUUCUCCCACUACCUGUUAAUGUUGUGCCUCUUCAGUCAGAAACAUCUGCUUUCCAUAGAGUUGCCAGUAAGCCAUUUGAUUUAGCCUGCCAACCAGCACAUGGCUAUGUUCAGGCUGCUGAAAUUGCUAAUUCAGCUCAAUUGGUGGCACCCGAAGAACCAAAAAGGAAUACUACUAACAGGAUUCCCAUACAGGCCAGUGCCAGCUUCGUAACUAGAUUCCCACCAGAUGCUAGGAUGGACAAUGAGAAAUGUCACUUGAUUCAGAAUUAUGGAUCACUCAAGCUUGAUUAUUCCGGAUUGGAGGCUGAGAAGGAAAGACAAGCAGUUCGAGCUUCAGAGAUGCAGAGGCAAAUGAAGAGUAGAGAGGCCUACCGUGGAGAAGAUGGAUUUAAGAAAGAUUCAAUUGUGAAGCUAAAGUCUUUGAAAGUUGCGAAGGAUCUAAAGAGCUUUAAGGAGUGGAUGCCUGAACCUAAGAUGAAGAUUCAUGAGAAUGUUGAGAAAACCGAAAAGAUUAUGUACCUUCGAAGUGCUAGAGGGAGUGUACAGCCCCAGGAAGAGAUUACUGCGAAACCCAAGUUCCUUAUGCGCUCCCUAUCGGAUCACACUGUAUCUCCUAAACUAGAAGUUUUCAGGAGUAAAGAACAUGUUUCAAAGAACAUCAUGCAGUUUCAAAGCACUGAAGGAAAUAUCCCCAAUGGUGAGGUUACUGUGGUUGAUACAAAAGUUUCCGUGGCCCAACUCCGUAAUGCCUUUUUGGAAACUGCUAAUGCCAAGAAGAAACCUGAACUCGAGUCUCAGUGUGAGAUGCAAACCUCAGGUACUGAUUUGCCGGCACUGCUCAAAGCGAAAAAAGGUCACGAAAGCCAAGGCCGGUAUUGUUCUCCUGAGGAAAUAGAAAGACUCUGAGAGAUUUAGGACCUCACCAUAACUUCAGCAGAGCGAAAGGAAACAGAUCGGUCCACUUUCAGUCCAGAAAUGCCAUCUCCUGAAGAUGAAGAGAAAUUAGAUGAAAGAGCUAAACUGAGCGUUGCUGCAAAAAGAUUGCUUUUCAGAGUAAGAAAUGGAAAAUCAUUUGACGAUAAAAGUGUUCCAAAACCACGUUCAAGAAAUUCUGCUGUGGAGAGAAGAUUAAGACGGAUGCAAGAUAGAUCACGGACACAACCUGUUACACCGGAAGAAGUGGUCAUUGCUACCACGCUGCAAGCAUCUGCCCAUCAAAAAACAUCAACCAGAGAAGAAAUAAAGGAAGCCAAAGAUGCUGCUGAGCAAGAUCAGUCUGGAGAACCAGAUUCUUCCACCCUGAGUUUGGCUGAAAAGAUGGCCUUAUUUAAUAAAUUGUCUCAACCGAUAACAAAGGCAGUCUUUGUAAAGAAGAGGGAUCUCAGAGAAAGGAGAUCAAAAGCUCGUUAUCAAACUCAGCCUGUCACCCUUGGAGAAGUUGAGCAGGUACAAAGUGACAGUGAGAAGUUCAGUCCUCUGUCUCCAACUACUAUAACAUCUGUGUCAACCAUGAUAUCUGCAUUGUCACCAUUAUUUAAUAAAGAACUCCACGUGAAGGCAGACGAAGAUCCAAUGACCGGUAAACCUGAUUUCAAGUACCACCCUUCAGUGGAAAGCAUGGAUUUGUCAUUAAAAAUCACCCCAAAAACAGAAUCGCGGCAGCCUGUGGCAGAAAUCAGAGAGAACAAUCAGCAGUUGAGAGACCAUGAAGAAGCAGAGCCCAAGGAAUUUGCAAAAUGGGAAAUGAAUGGCGUAAGAAAGCAUAGCUCCUUUGAGGAAGAGCCCCCACAUCCUCUUCCUGAUAAAGACUACAACAAAGAGAUGAAAUAUGCAUUCCCAAGAAAAAACAGCAUGGAAUUGCUUAGCCCACAGUCUUUGUCAGUUACUGAAGAAAAGGUCAUUGACAUCCUGCCAGCGAAACAAGGAGUCAAAGGGCAGUCCUUUGAGGAGUUGAUGGAGUGUGAAGGAAUUGCUAUGGACUCAACACUGCAAAGAGAGAUUGAUGAACCAUCUUCAGAGUUUAGAGCAGCUGCAACAGAAAGUGUUUCUCAAUCAGCAGCAGUGCUGUCCUGUAGGCAACAGGAAACCUUUGAGCUGUUAGGAAAAGAAGGCUUUAGUGACAGUAAAGCUGAAAUAACAGAGGACACCCUUGAUGCAUCCAGCAAAACUAUGUCCAUUAAAGAAAGGCUGGCACUCCUAAAGAAGAGUGGUGAGGAAGCCUGGAAAAACAGAUUGAAUAAAACGGAGCAUGGACGAGCAUUAGGCACUGAAUGUAGCCCUCAACUACAGGAGAAGGAGCAGCUAUUUACAAGAAGGUACAAAGGAGGAGGUUCAGAUGAUAAAGCCAUAUCUAAGCUUCUUUGGGAACCUGUCUAUGCUUCUACUUAUUCUCCUGCUAUACUUGCUGCCCAUAAACUUCAUUCCUUCAUACCUAUUAAUCAGGUGAGCAAAUCUUGCAUACUCUAGGCUAGUUUGACACAACCAAACCUCCUCCCCCCCAAAGAGUUUGACCAUCAUCUUUGGAGAUGGAAGAGGAAUGUGGAUGCCUGUGAAAAUCAAAUGACAAUUGAAGAAAGAAAGCAAUUAAUAAGUGUUCGGGAAGAAGCUUGGAAAGCUAAGGGCAAGGGAGCAUCGAACGAUUCUACCCAGUUUACAGUGGCUGGCAGAAUGGUUAAAAAAGGGUUAGCAUCACCAACUGCCGUCUCUUCAGUGACAUCUCCUUUCUGCAGCAGACUAAAAUCAACCUCCUCUAUUUCAAAACCCCUGGAAGAAAUUGAAGCGAGGCCAGAUAUGCAGUUAGAAUCAGACAUGAAGUUGGAUAAACUGGAAACUUUCUUAGGAAGACUCAACAACAAAGUUGCUGGAAUGCAGGAUACAGUCUUGACAGUCACAGGAAAGUCUGUGAAAGAAGUCAUGAAAUUGGAUGACGAAGAAACAUUUUCCAAAUUUUACCGAUGCAUGAGUUUUCCACCUCCCUCUUUGCCUGUGGAGUUGGAUGAAGACUUUGAUGCCAUAUUUAAUCCCAAUUCACCAAAGCUGAUUUCUUCAGUAACAGAGCACAAACGGGCUGUGAGGCCUACACGCAGAGUCCAGGCCUCCAAGAACCCUUUAAAAUUGCUAGCAGCAAGAGAGGACAUUCUUCAUGAAUACACGGAGCAGAGAUUAAAUGUGGCCUUCGUGGAGUCGAAGAGGAUGAAAGUUGAAAAAAUGUCUGCAAACUCAAAUUUCUCAGAGGUAGCACUUGCUGGCUUAGCAAGUAAAGAGAACUUCAGCAAUAUUAGUCUGCGUAGUGUCAAUUUGACGGAGCAGAAUUCAAACAACAGUGCUGUCCCAUACAAGAAGCUGAUGCUCUUACAGAUCAAAGGAAGAAGACAUGUCCAAACUAGAUUAGUUGAACCAAGGGCCUCAUCACUUAAUAGCGGUGACUGUUUCUUGCUACUCACGCCACAGUUUUGCUUCCUGUGGGUAGGGGAGUUUGCAAACGUCAUAGAAAAAGCUAAGGCUUCGGAGCUCGCAGCUUUAAUUCAGACAAAGCGAGAACUUGGCUGCAGAGCUCCUUAUAUACAGACCAUAGAAGAAGGCAUCAAUACUCAUACUCAUGCAGCCAAAGAAUUCUGGAAACUCCUUGGUGGGCAAACAAGCUAUCAGGCGGCUGGAAGACCAGAGGAAGACGAGAUGUAUGAAGCUGCAAUAAUAGAAACAAAUUGCAUUUACCGGCUGGUUGAUGAUAAACUUAUUCCUGAUGAUGACCACUGGGGGAAGAUGCCAAAGUGUACAUUGUUAAAUUCAAAAGAGGUCUUGGUGUUUGACUUUGGAAGUGAAGUGUAUGUUUGGCAUGGGAAAGAGGUCACACUAGCUCAAAGAAAAGUUGCCUUCCAGUUGGCCAAACACCUAUGGAAUGGGACUUUUGACUACGCCAAUUGUGACAUCAAUCCCCUGGAUCCUGGUGAAUGCAAUCCUCUUAUUCCAAGAAAAGGACAAGGGCGACCAGAUUGGGCCAUUUUUGGCAGACUCACAGAACACAAUGAGACGAUACUAUUUAAAGAAAAAUUUCUUGAUUGGACUGAAUUGAAGAAACUUACUGAGAAGUAUUCCAACGAAUCCCCUCAGAAGGAAGAAACCAGAUCUGACACAAAGCCAUAUGAUGUCCUGCUCAUGGUCCCCGUCCCCCAGGCAACCGUUGGCACUGUCUUGGAUGGACUAAAUAUUGGACGUGGUUAUGGAUUCAUUGAAGGAGAUGAUGGGAGACAAUUCGAAAUUAUCACCAUGUCUGUGGACGUCUGGCAUAUCCUGGAAUUUGAUUAUAGCAGGCUGCCUAAACAAAGUAUUGGACAAUUUCAUGAAGGCGACACAUAUGUUGUCAAGUGGAAAUAUCUAGUGAGCACUUCAGUUGGAAGCAGACAAAAGGGGGACUUACAGACAAGAGUCGUUGGCAAAGAGAAAUGUGUAUACUUCUUUUGGCAAGGGAGACAUUCUACUGUCAGUGAGAAGGGGACUUCUGCAUUGAUGACUGUAGAACUUGAUGAAGAGAGAGGUGCACAGGUACAAGUUCUUCAAGGAAAAGAGCCUCCAUGUUUUCUUCAGUGUUUUCAAGGUGGAAUGAUUGUUCACACAGGAAGAAGGGAAGAGGAAGAAGAAAAUACGCAAAGUGAUUGGCGACUGUAUUGCGUUCGAGGAGAAGUUCCUGUGGAAGGGAACUUGCUUGAAGUAGCCUGCCACUGUAGCAGCCUGAGAUCUAGGACUUCAAUGAUUGUUCUCAACAUCAACAAAGCCCUUAUUUAUUUGUGGCAUGGCUGCAAAGCCCAGCCACAUACCAAGGAAGUAGGAAGAACAGCAGCUAACAAAAUAAAAGAACAAUGUCCGUUGGAAGCAGGAUUGCACAGUAGUAGCAAAGUGACAAUACAUGAAUAUGAUGAAGGAACAGAGCCACUGGGAUUCUGGGAUGCCUUAGGAAGAAGAGACCGAAAAGCCUAUGACUGCAUGUUGCAAGAUCCUGGGAAGUUUAAUUUUACACCUCGCCUAUUUAUCUUUGGAAGUUCAUCAGGAGAAUUCUCAGCCACCGAGUAUAUUUAUCCAUCAAGAGACCCCUCCGUGGUUAACUCCAUGCCCUUCCUUCAGGAAGACCUCUACACAGCCCCCCAGCCAGUUCUCUUCCUUGUUGACAAUCACCACGAAGUAUAUCUCUGGCAAGGUUGGUGGCCAGUGGAAAACAAAAUUGCAGGAUCUGCCCGAAUCCGGUGGGCUUCAGACAGGAAAUGUGCCAUGGAGACUGUCCUACAGUACUGUAAAGGAAAGAACGUGAAGAAUCCUCCUAAAUCUUACCUAAUCCAUGCUGGUCUUGAGCCUUUGACAUUUACUAAUAUGUUUCCCAGCUGGGAACACAGAGAUGACAUUGCUGAAAUCACCGAAAUGGAUGCCGAAGCUUCUAAUCAGAUCAUCCUGGUAGAAGACGUGCUGGCCAAGCUAUGCCAAAAGUUUUAUCCACUUGCUGAUCUCUUAGCAAGGCCUCUUCCUGAAGGAGUGGACCCACUUAAUCUUGAAAUCUACCUUUCGGAUGAGGACUUUGAGGCUGGAUUACAGUUAACUAGAGAAGAAUACAACGCAUUGCCUUCCUGGAAGCAGGUGAACCUCAAAAAGGCAAAAGGGCUUUUCUGAAAGUGCCAGAAUUGUAAUCAUGGGCCGGAGCCGGAGUGGAACGUGACCCCCUGACAUUUUCUGCACCUCUUGGCCAACGUAGGAUGCCCAUUUUCACCCUCAAAAGCAAGAUUGUUUGAAGUUACUAGGUUCUGCUAUAAUGUUCUGAAGUCAUUUCAUAAUGUAAAUGUGCGAAAAGCAUCUUUGGAAGACGUUUUGUGGGCAAGAACUCCAAAGUACAGGCCAUGUUUAGAAAUUAUUUUCUUUGUACUCUGAGCAGGAACUUUUCUGGUAGCCGAUCCUUUGGCUACUCACACUACGUGUCAUUUAGGUUUUGAAAAUGCUCUUUUUGUAAAGUUUUAUUUUGUUCAAGCUGUGGAUUUUCAACAGGAUUUGUAUUUAUGUAAACGCAUAGGAGAAGGAUGUAUUUAACAAUGCAGUUUGUAUUAUUCAUUUUCAACAUUUUUGUAAAGAAAGUUCCAGGAAAGUAGCUAGACUUAUUAUUUUAUCUUGGACUCUCUCCCUCCCUCCCUCUCUCUCUCUCUGUUUUUAAAUGCAAAAGUAUUGUUCUCAGAGCUGUUUUCAUCUGCUUAACUGAACAAAGAAUUAUCAUAUGCAUUUCUAGAGAAUCUCACUGAAUCCAAAUUUAUAUCCCAAAAAUGUAUAGUGCCUUGUUUUUUGUUGUUGUUUGUGUACAGUUUAUAUACCAGAAUAUUGGCCUGCUUUUUAAAAUGACUCAGAACAUACUCUACUUUGAUAAUAGUAGAAACUAAAAAAAAAAUCCUCAGUUUGUAAUAAUGUGGCAAACAUAAAUCUUUUGUGAUAAAGACUUAAAGCAAGGUUUCAGAAUAAAUUUGUAGCAAUGGACUGCCUCCUUAUUCUCUCCUUUGCCAUCUGAAGUAGAUAACUGGAUGGAGCAUCUUGCUUUAUGAAUUACUGUGGAAAAUGUUUGCAUUGAGAGCAAAUGAGCAACAUACCUUUAAGAAAAUAAAUAAAUCCAUAGACUCUUUUCAUCCUGUUUUCAUGACUAAAACUGUUCUGUUCAGGCAAUAAAGAUUUCUGAUUGUAUAUUUUAAAAUGUCAUAAGGUAGGUGCUGAUCUAUACGUAAAAACUGGGCACCUAUAUUGCAGAUUCCCCUGUAUAUUAAAUGCUGUCUAAAUCAAAAUGAUGUCCCAUUACAACUAGCAGCUUGCAUCUCAUGGGAGUUGAAGUCCAAUAAGAUCAUGCUAAUAGAAUAAUGUCUUGGCCAUUAAAUCCUCUCCUUCAGAGUCAAUCUUUGUUGUGUCUUUUGGCACUAACAGUACCACAACUGUGUGGCACAUAGAGUCAAGUAACUUUCUGUUUGUUAUUUGUAGGGAAAAGGAGGCUAAGGAACAAGUAUCUUUUUAGAAAAUAGCUUUCAAGGAGCAGAUAAACAUUACUUUCUGGGAAUGGUUUAAAAUAGCAUUGCAAUGGAGUAUAUAUGAAAUAUAACGUUUACUACUCCAGACUUAGAAUAUGUGUGUUAACCUAAGUCCCAUUAAUUUUGAUGAUCCAUAAGCAUGAUAUAUGUCUGGAUCCAACUUAGACUCUUGUUUCAACUUUUCCUUAUAUGUAAAGCUGUAAGCGUAAUUUAUUGUGUGUUCAGUAAAUGGUGGCUACAUAAAUCUAAUUUGAAGUUCAGAUUCAGUCCAUGAAACAUCUGGCUAAAUCUUGAUUCUGGCAAGCUUCUGUGCAGUGUCAAACUUGCAAAGGAAUUAUUUCAUUAUGAGAAAAUAAUGAACCCCUAUUUCUGUGGCAUUAAAUUUAGUAUUGAUUUGAACAAAGGAUGUUUGACAAUGUUUGUAUACUCUGUAAGCCUGUAAUGUUUAUUAUUAUACACAAGAUGUUUCUCUCCUUUUUCUCUGCAACAUCACAAAUAAAGUAUUCAAUUUCUA